AUGCCAUCCGUCGACAGACUUGACAUUACGGAUUACUAUAUCACAUAUAUGGAUAAGGCGACGCAGUAUGGUCGUGUGUUUGAGCACUUCGACGAAGACGGAGACGGGAGGAUAUCGGCAAAGGAGCUGCGGCAAUGUGUGGAGGCGAUAGGUGGGGAGUUGACGGAGGAAGAAGCGGAGGCGGCGAUGGAGUAUUUGGACGCCGACGGAGAUGGCCUGGUGGGGUUUGAGGACUUCGUGAGGUUUGUGGAGGGAGGGAAAGAGGAAGAGAAAGUGAAAGACUUGAAAGAAGCGUUUAAGAUGUACGAGAUGGAAGGAAGCGGAUGUAUAACGCCUAAGAGUUUAAGCAGAAUGCUUGGCAGAUUAGGUCAAUCCAGAAGCAUAGAUGAAUGCCAAGUCAUGAUCUCCAGAUUUGAUCUAAAUGGUGACGGCGUCCUCACUUUCGAUGAAUUUAAGGUCAUGAUGUUGUAAUUACCUUGAUUAAUUUGUUUCCCUCAUCUAUAUAUACACACAGCGGGUGCUGAGCGUACAUUUUAGGUCACACAUUUACCUUGUUCAAUUAGCAGAAAAAUGCAAAUGUGGACCUGAUCUGAUAUGAUUGAAGGGAGAAUUUCCAUUUCUAUUCAUUUUUUUCCUCCGUUUGUAAUGGAGUGAUUGUAUAAUUAGAUUGAAUGGAUAUUCUUGAUUCUCUUCAGCUGUUUGUCU